GCGCGUCCAGGCUCUUUGUGCGCAUGCGCGCUCGCACUCCUUCUCUCCCUGCGGAGCUCGGCUGAGUCAGUCAGUCUGUCGGAGUCAGUCUUCCGAACAGGCGUCGCCGGGAACUUCGGAGAGCCAGCUGCUGGAUUAUUCUGUGUCCCCUCCCACUCUCCCGCCCUACGUCUCUCUUCACCCUUCUCCCGCCCUUGCUCGUACAGCCAUGGCGGAGUCGUCAGCGGCCACUCAGUCCCCGUCAGUCUCCUCGUCGUCCUCCGGGGCCGAGCCGUCAGCUCUCGGCGGCGGCGGCGGGAGCCCUGGAGCCUGCCCCGCCCUGGGGGCGAAGAGCUGCGGCUCCUCGUGUGCGGAUUCCUUUGUUUCUUCCUCUUCCUCUCAGCCUGUAUCUAUAUUUUCGACCUCACAAGCGGGAUUGAGCUCUCUUUGCUCUGAUGAGCCACCUUCAAAAAGUAUGACUUCCUCCUUUCUUUCAUCUUCUGAAAUACAUAACCCUGACCCUACAACACCGCUUGGAGAAAAGAGUGAAACAUUAGGUAGCCAGUUUGUUCUAGCUAAAGGAAAAGACCCCUUGGUUCUUCUAGAUAAGAAAAAACUGGACUCACCUCAGGGGACCAACAAGGACAGAGUAGACGCUCCGGUUUCUCUUGCAACUGGCAUUCCUUGCAGCCACCCUUCUAUUCCAGACAGUUUCCCAGAGCAACCUGCUUUUCUGUCAAAAGAAAUUGGUCCAGCAGAAGAGUGGGUAGUUAAAGACCAAGAACCCAAGAACCCAAACAAGGUUCCAGAUGGGGAGGACAGAAGUGCACUGGAUUUUGGGCAGUCUAAGGCAGAACACAUUUGUACAUAUUCCUUGUCCCCAUCUGAACUUCCAGUAGCCAGUGUAGAAAAAGAUUCUCCUGAGUCACCGUUUGAAGUAAUUAUUGACAAAGCAACAUUUGACAGAGAAUUUAAAGAUUUGUAUAAGGAAAACCCAAAUGAUUUGGGUGGCUGGGCAGCUCAUGGCGAUAGAGAAUCCCCCGCAGACUUGUUGGAAAUGAAUGACAAACUCUUUCCACUGAGAAAUAAAGAGGCAGGGCGUUACCCAUCCUCUGUACUGCUCGGUAGACAGUUCUCACACACUACAGCAGCACUGGAAGAGGUGUCUAGAUGUGUGAAUGAUAUGCAUAACUUUACUAAUGAAAUACUGACUUGGGACUUAGAUCCCCAAGCAAAACAACAGGCCAAUAAAACAUCUUGCACCACAGAAAGUACAGGACUAGACAGGAGUGAACUUCGCUCAGAAAUUCCAGUUAUAAAUCUUAAAACAAACCCUCAACAGAAAAUGCCUGUAUGUUCUUUUAAUGGGAGCACUCCCAUUACCAAAUCCACAGGUGACUGGACAGAAGCAUUUACAGAAGGAAAACCUGUAAGAGACUACCUCAGUUCCACAAAAGAAGCUGGUGGCAACGGUGUGCCAGGCAGUUCUCAGCUUCAUUCUGAGCUGCCUGGCUCUAUGCCUGAGAAAUGGGUCUCAGGCUCUGGAGCAGCCACAGUGGAAGUAACUUUACCUAACCUGAGGGGUGCCUGGCCUAACUCUGUGAUGGGGGAAGUCACAGAGGUUGAUAGUUCUGGGGAAUCUGAUGACACAGUAAUAGAGGACAUCACAGAAAAACCUGACUCCCUUCCAAGUGCUGCUGCAAAAACAAGUGAAAGGGAAAUCAAAGAGACUCCCAGUCGUGAAACUGUGAGGAGUGAAAUGUGUGAAAACUCUGAGCAGCCGCAGGCCCAGCCAGAAACUCCUACUCAGAAGAGUCUGGAAGGUGAGGUGGCUUCACAAGUACCUAAUACCCUGAAUGAAGUCACACCUGAAAAGCUUGAUAUGACUAACAACCCCAAAGUUUGCUCAGCAGCACCUCCAAGUGUUCUUAAUGAGACAGGAUUCUCACUAACUGUGCCAGCUUCUGCCAAGUUGGAAUCUUUGCUUGGAAAAUAUGUUGAAGAUACAGAUGGUUCCUCCCCAGAGGACUUGAUGGCUGUCCUCACAGGAGCCGAGGAGAAGGGGAUAGUGGAUAAAGAGGAAGGUGAUGUUUUGGAAGCAGUGUUAGAGAAGAUAGCAGACUUUAAAAACACUUUGCCUGUGGAACUCUUGCAUGAAAGUGAGCUAAGUGGUUCUGAAACCAAAAAUAUUAAAAGCAAAUACAGUGAAGACAGCAGAGAAACAACUGGAGGUGCCCCUACGAUGUCUCCCGACUUAGAGCAGGAGCAGCUCACCAUCAGAGCCAUUAAAGAAUUAGGAGAAAGGCAAGCUGAGAAGGUGCAGGAUGAAGGAAUAUCUUCUGGAGGAAAACUCAAGCAAACCUUUGCUCCACAGUCUGGGCCACAGAGUUCAUCUGACAUCCUAGAACACACAGAUGUCAAAACUGGAUCUGAUCUUGGAAUUCCCAAAAAUCCUACUAUCAUCAAAAACACUAGAAUAGAUUCUAUUUCCAGCCUUACCAAGACUGAAAUGGUUAACAAGAAUGUUCUAGCAAGACUUCUCAGUGAUUUCCCAGUGCACGAUCUGAUUUUCUGGCGAGAUGUGAAGAAGACUGGGUUUGUCUUUGGCACCACACUGAUCAUGCUGCUCUCUCUGGCAGCCUUCAGUGUUAUCAGUGUGGUCUCUUACCUCAUCCUGGCUCUUCUCUCUGUCACCAUCAGCUUCAGAGUCUAUAAGUCUGUCAUUCAAGCUGUGCAGAAGUCAGAAGAAGGACAUCCAUUCAAGGCCUACUUGGAUGUGGACAUUACCCUGUCUUCAGAAGCUUUCCACAACUACAUGAAUGCUGCGAUGGUGCAUGUCAACAAGGCCCUCAAACUCAUUAUUCGUCUCUUUCUGGUAGAAGACUUGGUUGACUCCUUGAAGCUGGCUGUCUUCAUGUGGCUGAUGACCUAUGUUGGUGCUGUUUUUAAUGGAAUUACCCUUCUGAUUCUCGCCGAGCUGCUUGUCUUCAGCGUCCCAAUUGUCUAUGAGAAGUAUAAGACACAGAUUGACCACUAUGUUGGGAUUGCCCGGGAUCAGACCAAGUCAAUUGUUGAAAAGAUCCAAGCAAAGCUUCCUGGAAUCGCCAAAAAAAAGGCAGAAUAAGCACGUGAAGCAAGAAGUGCAUCAGUUACUAAAACACCAUUUAAUAGUUAUAACAUCAUCACUUGUACUAUGAAGGAACUUGCUCAGUGUCAGCUAGAGUUUGGUUCCAAGUUGUUUGUUCAUUUUAAUUUGGUGUUCUCUCCCCUCCUCUCCCUUUACCCUCAGUACCAAGCACAAGAUGUGUUAGACUGAAAAAAGAACUGAUCUCUUAGAACCGUAAAGAAUAAAGAUUGAAUCAGAUUACUAGAAUUAAUCAGACCAUAGUGGGGUGGAGCUUUACAUGUACCAUAAAAGGAGAAAAAGAGAAGUGUCUCUAGGGUCCUCUCUCCAGUUCCAAGGACUCGUAUACAGCUCCCAUUUAUAAUUUUGCCCUUAUUUUUAAGUUAGGAAAUAAUGAUUAACUUAUGAAUAAAUAGUAUGGGGCAAGAGUGGGAUUUCUUCCGUUGGGUUUGUAUGGCCCUCCAGUCCCACCUUCCUGCCUUACACAUAAGCAGCUACUCUUACUGCUCCUCUUCUUCCUUAAUGAAAGAACUCUCAGCUCUGAAUAACUUACAGAACUCCCAGAAUGCCACCUGAGAAAUGGGGGUUGGGGGGACAGUGGGUGGAGCAGUCAGCAGGAGGGCAGCCACCACCCUCUCUGCGGCUGCUCCUAGGGAAGGAAGGGCUCUGGGGCUGGGAGGGCCGUGUACAGCCCUUGGUCUGGGAUCCAUGUGUUGGUUGAGAAAUCAUUCCAGAGUGUGCUUUCCCCUCUCCCUGCCCACCUUACCUCACGUUUAAUAAAUAUGGUUGUACUUUUCUUAUUAUGAAAUAAAUGUCUGUAACUGCUGUACACUGCUAUAAACUUGUUAAAGAAAAAUAAUCUGCAUGUGGGCUCCCAGCCAUUGAGUUAUUGUAAUCCUAUCUCAGUCUGUGGAGGAGGAGGUACAAGAACAUGAAAAGCCUUCCUUCUAUUUCUUCCCUGCUGCUUCCUCCUGUGCUUUGCAGUGCUUUAGCCUGAGGACCAAAGCCCCACUGACUGCAAGUCAUGUAUCUGUUGGCGUCCAGAGGCCUGGCUGACUGAAGAGGUCCAUUUCUAGAAGCAGGACAUGCAGCUGCUUGGAGUCAGUGCAGUUCUAAAAGGAUCUCCAUUUUCAGACAUAUUGAUGAAAUAGUUCAUACCAUGAUCCACAGUGCUCAUUUGGAUCGUGUUUUCCAGAACUUUUAGGUUGUGGGUGGCCAAGCAAGACCAGGUGGUACUGAUAGAUACAACAGAACUUACAGUGGCAUCAGUGGAGGGGUCCAGGAUCUUAAUUUCUCAGACCUUGCAUCUCUCCUUCAGCAUGGAAAUCCAGUCAGCUUGAAAACUGGCAUCCAAGAGUCCUUCAUUUCUCAAACCCUGCCUGCCCUAUUGUGAGGAAGUAGGAGCUGGGGAUUUCAAGGUAUUUGAUGGUCACAAAGUUCUGUGACUGUAAAAGUAGGAAUUAGUCGUCUUUCCAGUCCUUUUGGGAAACGACUCACAGACUGCGAUAGGUAGAAUGCCUUACUCCAUCUUCUCAAGUUCCUUUGCCCCUGUACAUUUUGAAUCUUUCAUUUCCACUGUAGACAACACUCCCAUCACCAUGCUCUGCCCUCCCAGGAAGUGAACGCACCCAUGGUCUAUGGGGUCUCCUAACAAGGGACCUCGUUCUGCACUGGAAGCCUCCACAGUUUGCUCUUUUCUUUGUUGCUGCUGCUGUGUUAAAAUAAUUGGAAAGGUUUCUGUGUUACAUGAGAGGGUUUUUUCGGUUUUGUUUUUUUAAACAAAGACUCGUAGAGAUGAAAAAAUUACUAAUGAAAUUGUGUACGUGUCUGUGCGUGCAACAUAAAAACAGUAGUACCAAGAAGCUCUUUUGGUCCCUGUAAAACUGCAAAUUGAUGUAUUAAUUAUAAAUAAAAAACACAGUGACUGUCUCAUCA